CCCCGUCCGCUCGGGGCUCCCCGGUGGCGCGGGCGUGCCCGGGGCUGGCGGGGCUAUGGGCGGGUGCGUGCUGCUGCUGCUGCUGCUGCUGCCGCUGCUGCCCCGGGCCACCCGCGGGGUCGCGGUGAGCAACGGAGAACAGGGCCGGGGUCACGGAAAUGGGGGGCUCUGGUGGGCAGAGGAUGUCACGGAUCAGAGCUGCCGAGAGGUGUGCGGGCUCUGCCCGGGGCCGCCGCGGAACGGCUCCAUCGUGUCCCGGUUCUGUGAGUCCCGGGGCGACACUGAGAGCGACGGGCGCUGCUGCCGGGAGCGGGGCCUGUCCCCAGGGCGGCUUCUGGGGCUGGACCUGAGCAACUGCUCCCUGCACAGUGUACCCCCGGGACUGGCCGAGGCCACCACUGCCAUCAUCCUGGACUUGACUGAGAACCCCCUGACAACUCUCCCCAAUGGCUCCUUCCUGGGCUUCAUCCACCUGCAGAGCCUCGCGGUGCCACUGGCGCUGGAGUGUCCGGGUGGGAGUGACGCCUGGCAGGACGUGACAGUGGAUGGGAGCAGCCGGCUGUGCCAGGAACAGAGGAACCCCUGCAACAGCUCUGUGGAACUCGCCUGGCCAUGUCCUGAAAACUCUGUAUGUGCCCCCGACGGCCCCGGCCUCGUCCAGUGCCUCUGUGACAAUCCCUUCCAUGGCUACAAGUGCCUGCGUGAGGGCACGUUCCCGAUGCUUCUCUUCAGUGGAAUCCUGGGCACUGCCACUGUGUCCCUGUCCCUGCUGCUGUGGGGCACCCAGCGGAGGAAGGCCAAGACCCCCUGAGCAGGGCACGGGGCCGUGCCUGGGCUGGAGGCUCUGUGGCCUGGGCAUCCUCAAGGCUGCUUGGGAUCAAUAAAACUGCAGGUCCUCGCUGUA